AUGCAAAAGACUCAGAUAUGUUGGUCAGUAGUAGUGACACACAGACGACAGCAACCACAACAACGACGAGUCAAACAUGAUGGCAAUAUGGGGGGGAUAGACACAAACAGAGGGCGGGCUUACAAGCACCUGCCAAUGGACCCCACCUCACAGAUCAACGCCAACAUGGUCACAUUGUUACGGUUGUUAAGUGUAACGGGCAGUUAUGUUAAGCUUUCGUGUUUGUUUGUUUCCUUGCGCCCGAAGAUACAUCUUAAGAGUUUUUUGCUCACCACCAACCACACAACACAAUACUGUCAAAACACUGGCGCAUGCCCUGUGCCCCAGUUACCAAUAACAAUGAGUCAAACACAAUGGAAUAUGGGGGGGAUAGACACAACCAGAGGCACAAUGACGACAACACCUGCCAAUGGACCCCACCUUGCAGGUCAAUGCCAAUACAGUCACAUGCAGUUGCUCACCACCACACAACACGAUGCCAUCAAAACACUGGCGCAUGCCCUGUGCCCCAGUUACCAUUUCCUGACUUUCCGAUCCUCGCAGGUUUCCAUGGCAGUAUCGAUUGACACUUGCACUGCCUUUGCAAGGUUCAUUGGUCAUUUCUGGAGGGAUACCUGCACAUGGGUUGGGAACCCCCAGGUUUUUGUAAACCCUCGACCCGUACCUGCAAAAACCCACACCCGUGGAUGCAGGGUAGCCCGUGACAUUCCCUAUGGGUGGUUGCACUUGCUGUUUGGUGGUGUACCAUGCUGCACAAGAGACAUAGACGGAGAAAGUGAUUGGUGGGCAAUAUCCAGGGCUAUUUUUGGAAUGACAGCGUGUGAAGUGGCAAGAUCACCCCCCUCAGAGGCCAAUUACCACCAGACAAAGAAUUGGCCUCUGAGGGGCCCUAGCACUUAUAAAGCACCAGGCCCAAGUGGGUUCAAUCUCAAGGUCUUAGGGCCUCAUCUCAAUGCACUCACUCAAUUUCAGGUAGUAGCUAAAGUAUUUAGUCUAAGAUUGCACUCUCAAAACUUUGAACUCUGA